AUGAAAUUGACUUCAGUCCCCGGUUAUUUUUCUAAUUAUGAAGAAUUGGCCCAAAUACCAGGCCAAACGAAUUACGCAUACACCAAAAUAGUAUCCCCUGGAGAUGAUGGUGUCAAAAGGAAAAACUGGCAAGAAUUGCUGGAUUCCCUACCAGCAGGGCAUAAGGUGUUUUUAGUAGCAAGACAUGGCCAAGGGUAUCAUAACUUAAUUGUCGAUACAUAUGGUGAACCUGAGUGGGAUAGAUAUUGGUCUAAAUUGAACGGCGAUGGUGAAUUAGAAUGGUUUGAUGCACAUCUGACUGAAUUAGGAAUCAAACAAGUGGAAAGAACUGGCUCUUUAAUUUUCAAUGGCCAGCUUGAUGGUGUUGUUCCCGACGUUUUUUAUUGUUCUCCAUUGAGAAGAUGUAUUGAAACUUUCCACAACUCUUGGAACCAAGUAGCCAAUUUACAGGAACGUGGUAUUACUGAUCAUGAUUAUGAUACCAUAGAACUAAAUAUCUUAGAAGGAUUAAGAGAAACUAUUGGAGAACAUACCUGUGAUAAAAGACAACCAAUUAGUAAAACUUUCAAAGAGUAUAAUUUGAUUAACUUUGACCAGAAAAAUAAUGCCAAAAAAAAUUCAGAUUUAAGAUUGAAGUUGAAUUAUUUGCCCGUAUACACUGAGGAAGAUUUGUUAUGGAAGGCUGAUCAAAGAGAAACCAAUGAUGAAAUCGAUAAGAGAUUAAGCAAGUGUUUACAGCAUAUUUGGGAAAGAGAAAAAGCUAGUGGUUCAAAUAAUAAGUUGAUUUCCAUUACUUGCCAUGAGGGUGUUAUUCAAUCCAUAUUGCGUGUUUUGAAUCAUGAAAGUAUACCUAGAUUUGAAACCAGUGGUGUGGUUGCUUUAGUAGUUAAGGAAGAUGAAGAAAAAUAA